GGUUACACUGUUCGACACAAGAAAACUUACGGCAACUUUCGAGCAAUCAUGUUGGUCAAGCACAUUGUCAAGCAGGGGCUUCUGCUCAAGAACGCUGGCGCCUUGUCGCGUGCCGCUUACCACGGAGGACAUGGUCCCCACUCCACCAUGAACGACCUGCCCGUGCCCGCUGGAGACUGGAAGGAGCAGCACAGCCAGAAGAACGCCAAGUACAAUGCCGCGCUCAUCACUGGCAUCCUCGUCCUGGCCGGCACCAUUGGAUUCGUGAAAUCUUCUGGUCUGAUCCACUUCAAUUACUACGUGCCCAAGAGCCUGGACUAAGCCAGUCACCCCCUACGUGUAAAUUAAUCCAAAAUUUGUGUUAAAUAAGCUUAAAGUGGCGACAUAGUAAAUCACAGAUCCGAAAGUA